CCGCGAACACUGUUUACUAUGUUUUAUUAUACAAUUAUUGUACAAAUCAAGUCCAUUCAUACAGGCAUACACACACACGAGAACGGAAACAAAGGGAGAAUACCCAGGAAACUAAGUGAAUGAUAACCAUCAUGCUGGUUGAAUGCACCCGCCGUCAAUGCCCGAGGAUGCUCUGAACAGUGCUGUAGCUAGAAGAAAGCGUUACAUCCGCAUCGGCAUCACUCACAUACGUGCCCCGCAUGCAAGCGCAUCACUCCGGACGCACUGUGUCCGACAGGUAGCACCAUGGCGGAAACGAAUACACACCUCACUGUGGCGUCCAGCGGUGCCGCUGGAAUGAGCAGUGGGGUGGACGGAUCUCCCUACAUACGCACAAUCGAGUGGAACAUGAUGAACAAAACCAAGUUCUUUCCGCUCUCCAUGCUGAGCUCGUUCUCGGUGCGCUGCUGUCUCUUCCCGCUCACCGUGAUCAAGACGCAGCUCCAGGUGCAGCACAAGAGCGAUGUCUACAAGGGCAUGGUGGACUGUGCCAUGAAAAUCUACCGCUCCGAGGGUGUGCCCGGACUGUAUAGAGGAUUCUGGAUAUCGUCGGUGCAAAUCGUAUCGGGCGUCUUCUACAUCAGCACCUACGAAGGCGUGAGACACGUUCUCACCGAUAUGGGUGCUGGCCACCGUGUAAAAGCUUUAGCCGGAGGCGGAUGCGCCUCGCUGGUGGGUCAGACCAUCAUAGUUCCUUUCGAUGUUAUAUCGCAGCAUGCCAUGGUGCUCGGCAUGUCGGCGCAUGCCGGUGGCAAGGGGGAUAUCAAUCCGUUGGGUAUUAAAUCAUGGCCCGGCCGCAGCCGUCUCCAUAUCUCUAUGGACAUCGGGCGGGAAAUAAUGCGGCGCGAUGGUCUGCGCGGCUUCUACAGAGGCUAUACGGCCAGCCUCAUGGCUUAUGUACCCAAUUCGGCAAUGUGGUGGGCCUUCUAUCAUCUAUAUCAGGACGAACUCUGUCGCAUCUGCCCCGAUUGGGUAUCCCACUUGUUCAUACAAUGCGUUGCCGGCAGUUUGGGUGGCUUCACAACGACAAUACUAACAAAUCCAUUAGACAUCGUGCGCGCCCGUCUGCAGGUCCAUCGAUUGGACUCGAUGAGCCUUGCUUUCCGCGAGCUGUGGCGUGAGGAGAAACUGAACUGCUUCUUCAAGGGCCUGUCCGCCCGCCUGGUGCAGUCGGCGGCCUUCUCCUUCAGCAUUAUCCUUGGCUACGAGACCAUCAAGCGCAUUGCCGUAGAUGAGCAGUACAAGCAUCAAAUACGAUGGUAAUGAAUUGCGCACAAGACCCUCAAACCAACUCAAACUUGCAUUUACGCGACGUACUGAAAAACCACCAGAGGAGAUUCGACUACGUUUGUAAAUACCAAUAAAAGGAGCAGAGCACAGGUUAACUAGUUAAAUUUGCUAGAGAUAGCAGAAAGUGGAUGCCGUAUACCGGUUACCGGAUACUGGUUGCAUCCACAAUAAUUACUUUUAGUAGAAUGUUUCAAUUUGCUUGCGGCUAGGAUAUUCAAAUAAUGCAAUUUAAUAUUCAAAUACCCCCGAAAAGUGUUGUAGCUUAAAGUGUACAUUAUUUUGUUAUAAUCUUUAGUCAUUUUAUACCUAACAUGUAGAGGCAGAUAGAUCGGUGACAAGCCUAAUUUAUUACAAAUAUACAUAUUUAGAAAUUGUAAUUGUACUUUGAUGAUGAUGUUGAUAAUAAUGCCGUUUACAAUGGUAACCCAAUUACUUGUACUUUUACAUUUACACUACUUAGCACAGCAAUGUUUGCGCCAAAAUCAUAUUACUAUAUUAUAUAUUAUAUUGUACUGUAUACUGGACAUGCCGAAACUAGAAAUUAAUGUCGAAACAGGGUCCCCGUAAACACAACCCCUUGGGGAAAAACCAACACCUACUUAUAGAUAAGCAUUCGCGUAUGUCUGUGUGUUCUCUGAAUGAAUAGUUUUAGUUUUUGCGUACAUAUAUUGUAAUAAAAGUACAAACCAAGAAUUGUUACAUUUUUGGCACUGUGAAUAGUAAA